UCUUCCUCCUCAGGUUUCUUCGAUCCGCCAUUGGUUUCUCGCCUCUGCUUUUUCUCCCCUUUCAAAUCACAGAGAGAGAAGAGAGAGAGAGACGAUGUGUCCCUCCGGUACAGCCGCCACCACCGCCACCUCCCCCGCCGAUUUUCGCCAGGCAUUCGAGGUGCUCGACGCCGACCGCGACGGAAAGAUCAGCCGCGACGAUCUUCGAAAUUUCUACAGCGCCGACGCCGACGAAGAUGCGAUUGGCUCCAUGAUUUUGGUCGCCGAUUUGAAUCGGAACGGUUUUGUUGAGUACGACGAGUUUGAACGCGUAUUGUCCGGUGGACGGAGGAGAUCGGCGGGUAUAAUGGAGGAGGUGUUCAAGGCGAUGGACAAGGACGGAGACGGACGGUUGAGCCACGCUGACCUGAAGAGUUACAUGCAUUUGGCCGGAUUUUCAAUCACCGAUGAGGAGGUUGCGGCGAUGAUCAGAUUUGGCGGUGCGGAUGAAGCGGAGGGCGUUAGUUAUGAUGGAUUGCUGAAGAUCUUGGCCGUUGAUAAUAUAUUCUAGAACUCUUUCAUCUCGCUGUUGUCUCUACAGGUCUACAGUUUUCAGGAAAGCAUUUACGGAAAAAGCUCUUCCAAAAGCGCUUUCUCCGAGAGAAAAACGUGUAAAACGUUGUCGUAAUUCUUGGAAUCCGCUUCUUGUGAUUUGCUCCUUCGUAUGUUUCUUCUAGAGGUAUUCAAAUUUUAUUUAAUAAUUUGUAAUGUUUGAGUGAAUCAAAUGCGAAAAAAAUUGGUUGAAUUUUUUUCCCGCUUCGUUGUGAAUGUGAUUCGAAAUGGAAGGGAAAUCUAAUUUUGUAAACUUGUUGUUGGAAA